GGUAUAUAUGCGUUUAUAAGCGCUGCCCAAAUCGAAUAGGGACAUUAUUCGUAUGAGGGAAAACAUAGAUCGCCCCACACAGGCUCCAUCUGGAUCUGAUUGAUUAAAUUAUUCUUAUUUUGUUUUCUUUCUUUUGAUUGUUUAUUCUCCCCUCGAUCUGAUAAAAAAAAACGAGAACUCGCAAUGGAAACGGCAACGAGGCGUGCGCGGUUGCCUUUACUGUUCCAUCCCUAAUUCUCUAUGUAUAUCUCUUUUUUUUUCCCCUUUGGAUCUGGCCUUUCGCAGGUUUUUUCUUCUCCAUUGCCGCGUUUCAUUCUCUCUCUCUCUUCUCUCUACUCCUCUCUGUUGUAUCUACUACCCCACUCUGCCUCUCACUCUCCUCUCCCCCUCCUUUCCUCCGUCAUCUGCGCGCCGCCAGAGAUCCGCGGAUUCAGUACGCUCGCGACGCUGGUCUGGGGUAGCAGCAAGACUUUGCCUAGCAGCUCACCUCAUAUCCAGCUCACCCAUUUUAUAUCCUUGGGUUUUUUUUUUCUUUUUCAUCAUCGAGUGGUCAUCUCCUUCCGUGCGUUCGUGACCAGUGACUCCGAAUUGCGUUUAACUUUAAGAGUGACCGCGAAUUUGUCGAUUCCGGAUAAUUUACUCCAUUCAAGUUCAACACAUCCCCUACCAGUGGUUUGAUCCGGAUAGGAUUCAUUUGAUUGAACUGAAUUGCGUUUUAAAGUGGUAGCCGUCAUUUUUGAUUCAGUGUUCCGCAAGCGGAGUGGCUGGAAUAGAAAAGGAAAACGCUGUAGAAUAGAGACGAUGGAACUGUGUUGCUGCGAGGCUCUCCAUCGGUCGUCGGUUGCGUGACUUUCGUGAGUGUUUCAGGUGUUUAUUGGUCAACUUUGCAGCUCGCACUCGUUACGCCAUGUUGUGUCCCGGAGCCAGGCGAUGAGAAAUGCGUGUCUCGCCCAACUUGCACCUCUUGGUGUGACGCCACUCUAGCCGCUGCUGAUAUGGCUCCUCUGCUGGCUCGUUGUACUCUGAAUCAGCACUCGUUAGUCUCGAUUGGCUCCGUGAUUUCGGGGGGUCCGUGUCGGCCGCUGUGCUGGUGAGUGUCGCUGUGACAUCGUCGACGUGGAAAUCGAAGAAAAGGCCAGACGAGAGAAAAGAGGAGAGAUGAGUUUGUCGGCACUCAAUCAAACGGCUCCUGUGUGGGCCUCGUCGGGCGCAAGCGGCAGCAGGGCCGGCUCGUCGAUGAUGCGAGCGGCCGCCACGGCGGCUGCUGCCGGCCUACAAUACGUGACGGCCAAUAUAAGCGACUCGCUGCCGCUGAGCUCCCAGAGGAUGACGGCCGGCAGCACCGGGCUGGGCUUCGAUGAUUUCACGGACGAAGGCUCUUCAUCCGUUUUGUUCAGCCAACAGCAGUGGACGUCUGGGAACAACACGACGGGCACAAUGGCGGAGGACGACUUCGUUCUCCCUUAUUCCUACCCGGAGAUGGUCCUGAUCGCCAUCGUGGCCGGCUUCCUCAGCUUCCUCACCGUGGCCGGCAACUGCAUGGUCAUGAUCUCGUUCAAGAUCGACAAACAGCUGCAGACCAUCUCCAAUUACUUUCUGUUCAGUCUGGCAGUCGCCGACUUUGCCAUCGGACUCAUCUCUAUGCCUUUGUUCACCGUCUACAUACUGGCCGGGCGGUGGCAGCUGGGACCUUACGUUUGCGACACUUGGCUCUCGUUGGAUUACCUCGCUUCCAACGCCUCGGUCCUCAAUCUACUCAUCAUCAGCUUCGACAGAUAUUUCUCGGUGACGCGGCCGCUCACAUACCGAGCUCGACGGACACCUCGUCGGGCCGGCGUCAUGAUUGCCGCUGCCUGGGUGAUCUCGCUCGUCCUCUGGCCUCCUUGGAUUUACGCCUGGCCCUACAUCGAAGGCGACCGCAAAGUUCCAGAAGAUAAAUGCUUCAUCCAGUUCAUCGAGACAAACAAUUACAUCACUUUUGGCACGGCCAUCGCCGCCUUUUAUGCUCCGGUGACGGUCAUGUGCGUCCUGUACUGGCGCGUCUGGCGGGAGACGGAGAAACGUCAAAAGGACCUGUCCAACCUGCAGGCCGGCAAGAAGAACGACAGUCACCGAUCGAAUUCCAGAAGUGGCGAGGAGCAGGCUGUCCUGAUGAAGGCCAACGACGAAGUCGACCACCACCUGAGGCCGGUCGGCGCGGCCACCGAUUGGCGCCGUUCGCGCUCCGAAUCCAGCGGCGCCGUCGACGACUUGGAGACCUCGUACGUGCCAGCUGCCGCUUGUUUGCCCGGACCACAUCGCAGACACUAUGCUGGAUCGUGGACCAGCUGGGCUUACUGGCGUCGCUGGAUGCGCUGGUCGACGUGGCAACACUGGAUGAGGAACCUGACCCGUCGCCAACCGCAGCGGCCGCGGAGGCGAGGCGACCGGACGGGCGGCGGCGGUGGGGACACGGAAUCCUACAGCGACGGCUCAAAUGUGGCGACGACGCCGGCCUCUAUCGAGACGCCCUUAGCUUCUUCCAUGUCGCGCGGCCCGUCCAUGAACAUCCGCGAUCCUUAUUCGUCGACGCCCACCCGAUACAAAGCGGCGGCGGCCGCCGCCGCCGCCAACGACCCACGACUGAUCGGCGUCGACAGGCGACGAACUCUGGUGGCCUCCAAGAGUCUGACGCAGGACCAUCACAACAAGCAGCUGGCCGACGGGCAGAUGUGCCCAUCGCCGUCGAUGGAUAACGACGAUGGAGACACGGACGGCGGCAAGCGCUCGCAUUCGGCCGAUUCCGUCUUCACGAUUUUGAUCCGCUUGCCGGCCGACAGCUCGGCCGACAAGGCCGAACACAAAGUCUCCAUCCGGAUGAUUCCGGCCAACAUUCCGCCUGCCGCUUCCCACCGCUCGCGGGCCAGCGGAUCGUCAACGGGCAGCGCCAACCAGCCGGCCGUUCGCUCCAGAUCAGUUCCUGUCGGCAACGAACAGCACGACGGCUACAACAACCGGAGCCGGCCGCCCGGAAGCGGUGGCAGCUCUGCCAGUCAGUACACCAGCAACCGGAGCCUGGCGGCCCGUCCGUCGGGCUCUCGCUCGGCCCAGUACAACGACUCGACCAGCAGUCUGCUGUGCGGGACCAAUCUCCACCUGCCCAACGCCCUGUCGCUGAGCAAGUUGACGGCCCUGGCCAAGCCCAACCACUUGCCGCUGCACAAGGGCAAACUCAAGAACCACCACGCCAGUCCGUGGGUGCCUCGCAGCUGCAUGCCCGUCGCCCAGUCGCCGCUCAUCGUCCGCUGCACGCGCUUCAACGGCGGCUCGUCCGGCACACCCGAUUCCGGCGACCGGACCCCGUCCGGCGCUCUGCCGAUGGACGCCAAGAUCGUGCCGAAACACCGGGCCGGUGGCGUCGGUCCUGCGGGUGGAAUCGCUGGCAGUCCGGCGGGGAGUCCGGCCGGCGCCCUGCAAACCGUUUCCGGCUCGGUGGCCAAUAAUUCCGGGACGGUGGGCAGCAGCGGGUUGCACCCGCCGAUCCGGCGUCCCAACCACAACGCCUACAGUCCGUCGGCGGCUGCUGCGGCUGCGGCGGCCAACAAGAAGGCCAACAAGAAGCCGAAGAAGAAGAACCAGGAGAAGCGGCAGGAGCGGAAGGCGGCCAAAACGCUGUCGGCCAUCUUGCUGGCCUUUAUCCUGACGUGGACGCCGUACAACGUCCUGACGCUGCUCAAGGCGCUGGCGCCGUGCGACAAGGACGACUGCUUCUCGUCCGAGCUGUGGAACUUCUCCUACUACCUCUGCUACAUCAACAGCACCAUCAACCCCGUCUGCUACGCCCUGUGCAACGCCUCCUUCCGGCGCACCUACGUCCGAAUCCUCACCUGCAAAUGGCACUCGCGCACCAAAACGGCCGUCCAGCGCGGCGUCUACAAUUGAAAAUGAAAAUAGGCGAAAAGAAAAACAAACAAACAAACCCGGUUCACAUCAUCAUCACUGAUGGCGAGAGAAAAUGAUGGAGACGGGCUCCUGCUGGUGAUGUGGCGUGUUAUACAGUUUUGUCAGCAGGCAAAUGUUAUAUCACGACCCGUGUUGGUUCCGCUUCUCCUAUUAUUCGCUCCGCUCCAUCUCUUGUCGCCUUGGUGCUUCUCCUUUUUUCUCCUAUCAGGGAUGUACACACAAAAUUAGAUAAAAAAAGACAAAACUAUACAACCAAACCCCCCCACCAUCAAAUACAAAAAACAAUUUCGAUGUGCAUGUGCAAAAAAAGAGAAAAAAAAGAAGAAGCGGAGACUCCGCGGUGCACGUUCUCGAGUGGAUCUUCUCUGUGAUCAUUCGCUUGGAGACACAUUGAUAGUCCAGCAUCAGCGCCAUCAUUGUCUCUCUGUCUAUAUUUAUAUGUAUCAUCCUUAUGUAUACAUAUACUCUCCUUCCGGUUUUUCCUUUUUUUUUCUUUUGGUCCCUUUUUUCCUGUUUUCUCAUUGGUCGGUGUAGUGAUCGUCAUAAUAUUUCCUUCGCUGGAGCUCAAAAACGCAACGGAGCACAAAAGGUUCCAAGUGUCGUCAAAAUAAAAGUCAAAAAAAGAAAAAAAAGAAAACAAAAAAGGACCGAUGAGAGUUGUAAUAAUAUAGAAUUAAUGAUAAUCAACUCCCCUCCCUGCCUCUCACCCCGCAGAAGAAGAAGAAGAAGACAAAUAUGACAUUGAUUACAAUCAGUACGUGAUCAGUGCGCUGAUAACGCACUUUCUCCUCCUGUAUGUUGUGUGUGUAUAUAGGAGAGGCUUGUAACCUAUUCCGCUUGUUUUCUACGUCAUUUGGCGCCUGCCGCUUUUGAAAAUGUCAAUCGAAAUCCUCCCCAUCGCUUGGUCCGUAUGCGAAAUGGGUGCGGAUUUGAGACGGACGUCAUCAGACGGACACGACAAGACCUUCCUCUCUCUCUUUUUCUUUUUUGGCCAAACAUUAGACAUUGCCCCGAUGUAAUCAUUUCGUCCUUAUUAGCUGCAGCGACCCGGCGGCCACACAUUCCUCUCCACUCGAAUGACACCGACGACCACGACCACGGCGGCAGCAGCAGCGCGCGCAGUCGCAACCCCAAACAGAAAUGCCCAGGUCCCGCGACUGGCAGAUUGGUUUUUCCCGUUGGUGUUUGCGUUGGAGUGAAGGGAGGAGCUCUACACAAUAAAUGCGUCAACAAAAGAAAUCGAAUCGGCGGAGAAGAAGAAGAAGAAGAAGAAGAAGAAGAGUAAUGGGUAAUCAAAACAAAUCUUUGCUCCCGCUCUUUUCGGUUCCUCGCGGCUGGCAGCGCAGGAGCUGCUCCUUCUCCGCUUCUAUAUCUAUACAAGUUCGGGAGAUAGACGAGAGCCUCUAGCCAGAGCCCAAGCCGAGCCAUCGGCAACCGUUUUCAUUUAUCACAGACAAACAAUCAAGUCGAUAACCUUCCUCUCUCUCUCCCCGGUUGUAACACAACAUUGGCUAUUCGGCUCGCGUUUGCUCUUGCUCGUCCCUCGUCAACAGCCGCGGGAGAGACAAGAGCCAACAAAGAGCAAAGAAAAAGAAAAAUUCCUUUUUUUCUUCUUCUUCUGUCGGAUCUGGCCGGCUCGAUCGUCUCCUCCGUUUUACCUCGAAACCUCUUCGUCUCUCUCUCUCUCCUCUCUCCUUUUUGGCUAACGCGUCCAAUCUUCCUUUAUUAUUAUCUUUUUUUUCUUCUUCUUCUUUUUUGGGUUGUUGUUGUUGUUGUUGUUGUUGUAUUUUAUUUGCGUGAGCUCGGCGGCCGAGAACUGAGCGGCGCUUUGAAACGUGUUUUUUUUUGUAUUAUUAUUAUUUUCUUUUUUCUUGUGUACAUUGGUGCUCAAAUCAAAUGACGUUCAAGAUCGGGAGAGAAGAGGAAAGACGGCUGUUUUUAGAGAUCACACUCCCGCAGAAAAAAACGGUGCCGGCGCGUCUGCGCUGUAGCGACACCGCAGAUGGCAGAGGCCAGUUGAGCAUUCGAGAGUCACUAUCGACCUAUACCAAACUCGUUAUAUCCCGCUCUGCUAUAUAUUAUAGCUAGCUCACAUCGUCCGUUUCUUUUUUCUUUAUUUUGGGCUGGCCCUCGACAAGUUUACUGGAUGAUUCCAUCUCUCUCCUUCUCAAUCUUUUUCUCCGCCGCUGUAUCGUUUGCUCUCUCUCGUUCUUCGUCCCGUAAUCACGCCGUCUCACGCGCAUUUAGAUAUCCACCUUUUAGCUUUUACACAUCCCCUCCAGCGAAUCAAUGUCCCCGCCCCUUUUUCGUCCAGUGGACUAGGCCGCGGACUGUUUGACACCACACCCAUUUUUUGGAUUUCUUCUUUCAUUUGUUGCUUGUUGUUCUUUGAUUUUUCCAAUUGACAGAAAUUCAAAUAUUUCGGACGCGCUUGUCACAAAGUCACAGAUUUAUUUUCCAAUCGUUUUUCUCUUUUCUGGAAAAGGCGCAAUUGAAGAGGAUAGAAUAACGAGAGACGUAUGACAUUUGAAUGAUUUGGGUAGACACACGCCCAUUCAUCAGCUGGGGGUUUGGCGACUCUGUGUUUCUUGCGUUUCCAUCUUCCCAUUUCUUAUCUUAUCGAGACUGGCAUUGUGUUGAAUCGUCAUCUAUCAUUUGAAAAGAAGAAAAGCUCCGCCCCUGUCCAUCUCUCCCACCUCCUUAUUAUUAUAUCCCGACCCGCCAUCAAAACGGAAACAAUAUAUUACAUCUCCUGUACAUUACAUGCAGCUAUUUGGGCGUUGGUUAUAUCUAUAUAUAUGUAUACAUGUAAACAUUAUUCUGAUGAUGCCGUCAUCUGUUUUCGUUUUCGACAUGUCGUGAUUGAUCGGAAAAAAAAAUCGGGUUACACGAU